AACACUGUCAUGAAAACCUUUGUUCUGAUGUGGGUAUUACUUCAAAUGCUCUCGUUGUUUACUGCAUCUGAUACAAAUUUUACCUCUGAUACAUACACCCUCAUUAACUCUACCAAUUUAGCAAAGCCAAACUGCUCCAGCCAGUGUGGAGAUGUAAUUGUUCCCUACCCUUUUGGCUUCGGCAAUAACACAAAUUGUUCUAUAAGCCCUGAGUUUCACAUCCAUUGUAAUACUUCGUUACAUCCUCCAAAGCUCUCUAUUUAUGAAGACAGUUACACCUCAAUUACACAUAUAUCUGAUUCCACAAUCCGGAUUUCCAAUCUCGUGUCUUCUAGGUGCUAUUUACCAAAUGGCACAAUUUCAAAUGGUUUCAAUAUCAGCGUGAAUUACAUCGACUUGCCGUACACCUUGUCGGGAGUAAAUAAGUUCAGAGUCAUUGGCUGCGAUGAUUUUGCUUGGUUGAUUUCAGGAACAGAGUCAAGGGAUGUGCUUACAGGUUGUGCUGCCAUUUGUGCAACACCACAGGAUGUUGUAAGUGACCAAUGUUCAGGAAAUGGUUGUUGUGAAACAUCCAUAUCCCGAGACAUAAAUUACUUUAGAACUCAGGUCAAGUCCAUGGAGGAUUCAGACAACAUGAGCUAUACGAGAUCCUUUAAUCCCUGUACAUAUGCGUUUGUUGGUGAGGAGAACGUAUUCAAGUUCAAAGGUGAGACAGAUUUAAACAACACUUUCUUGGCUGAAAAGAUUGAAGCUGAAGUCCCAAUAGUGCUUGAAUGGGCUAUUGGUAAUCUAAGUUGCGUUGAAGUCGAAGCAACGGAUGGCUUUGCCUGCCAAUCAAAUAGCAAGUGUGUUAACUCUACAAGGGAAAGUCGUGGGUACCGUUGCAUCUGUAAUGAUGGUUAUGAAGGAAAUCCCUAUCUAUCUCCUGGCUGUAAAGAUAUUGAUGAGUGUAAGCAUCCGGACAAGUUUCCAUGUUAUGGAACUUGUUUUAAUACUGAGGGGAAUUACACAUGCAAAUGUAAACGAGGGCAUUCGGGUGAUGCCAAAAUACAAGAUGGUUGUCGACGUAAACCAUUCCACCCUUUGGUGUUAUCGAUAGGUAUGGGAUGUGGAUUACUCACAAUACUUAUUGUAUUAUUGGUGUCAUACUUCGUGGUCAAGAAAAAGAAGCUUGUUAUGCUUAGGGAGAAAUUUUUUGAACAAAAUGGGGGCAUGCUUUUGGAAGAGAAACUUAAAACCAAGAGUGGCGUAGGGGUCGGUGCCAUGAAACUUUUCGGUGUUGGAGAUCUAGAACAAGCGACUGAUAAGUAUGCAGAACAUAACAUUCUUGGUAGAGGAGGCAAUGGCAUCGUGUACAAGGGAACUCUACUAGAUAAUCGUGUUGUUGCAAUCAAGAAGUCCCAAAGAUUGGAUCAAAGACAAAGGGAGCAAUUCAUAAAUGAAAUGGUAAUUCUUACACAAAUCAAUCAUCAAAAUGUGGUGCAGCUUUUGGGAUGUUGUUUGGAAACUGAUGUUCCAUUGCUAGUUUAUGAAUUUAUCUCUAAUGGCACUCUUCAUCAUCACAUCCAUAGUAGAAAAAGUGGUGUAGCAAGAUUGUCUUGGGAUAGUCGUCUAAGGAUAGCACAUGAAUCGGCUGGUGCUCUUGCUUAUCUUCAUAGUGAUGCAAGAAUGCCAAUUAUACAUAGAGAUGUGAAGUCUAGUAACAUCUUGUUGGAUGAGAGUUACACCGCAAAAAUUGCAGAUUUUGGUGCUUCAAGAUUAAUCCCGCUAGGUGAUCAUAAUCAAGUCACUACACUUGUCCAAGGGACGUUGGGAUACUUGGAUCCUGAAUAUUUGCGUACAGGGCAACUAACCGAUAAGAGUGAUGUGUAUAGCUUUGGAGUGGUUCUUGCAGAACUCCUAACAGGAAAAAAACCCAUUGCUGGUGAAAGAUGCCUAGCGGAGCAAUCUCUUGCAACAUAUUUUGAAAAGGCAAUGAAGGAAAACCAAAUUCUUGAAAUUCUUGAAUUUGAAGUGGUAAAGGAGGCAACUGAUGAGCAGUUAAAAGCAACAUGUGACUUGACAUGUAGAUGCCUUAACCAAUUAGGUGAGAAACGACCCAACAUGAAAACAGUGGCAGUAGAGCUUGAGACAUUGAGGAAGUUUCGCAAGCAUCCUUGGGUUAGCGAAGACAACUACAUUGAACUGAGUAGCUUAAUGAUUGAAAAUAAACCAAAUGAUCUUUACGAAGUUCCUCUUAUCACUAAUAGUGACACUUUUGGAGAAAGUAGUUCUAGCACUACUAGAAUAAGAGGCAUGCUGAGUGAAGUGCAAAGUCCUCGUUAACAAUUUAGUAGUGAAUGGAUGUUUCAUCUACCAUUCGUGUCUAUUUCUCGUGUUUGAAGUUUCAUACAAUUUACAUAAAUAUUUCAGUUUAUCUCGGUCUAUUGUGUAUUAUAAAGUGCUCCAUGUAUAAUAUUCAGACCUUUGUUAUGAUUGCACCUUCCAUAUAUUCAAUGUACUGUUAUCUGAUUAAUUAAUA